GCCCCUCGAGCGUUGCCAGCGCCCGGAACGCACGAGUCCGCCCGCAGCCCCGGCCCCGCCGCUUGGAUCCCACCCGCCGCCUCCUUCUCCUCCUCCUCCUCCUCUCGGAAACCGCCUGAAGCCUCCACCGCCGCCCUUUCCCGCAGCCCCUCGGCGGCGCCAUGCCCAAGAAUAAAGGUAAAGGAGGUAAAAACAGACGACGAGGUAAGAAUGAGAAUGAAUCGGAAAAAAGAGAACUGGUCUUUAAGGAAGACGGGCAAGAAUACGCCCAGGUGAUCAAGAUGCUAGGCAAUGGCAGACUGGAGGCGUUAUGUUUUGACGGUGUGAAGAGGUUAUGUCAUAUUAGAGGGAAACUAAGAAAAAAGGUUUGGAUAAAUACAUCUGAUAUUAUAUUGGUCGGCUUAAGAGACUACCAGGAUAACAAGGCUGAUGUUAUUCUAAAGUACAAUGCAGAUGAAGCCAGAAGUCUGAAAGCUUAUGGGGAGCUUCCAGAACAUGCUAAAAUCAAUGAAACAGACACAUUUGGUCCUGGAGAUGAUGAUGAAAUCCAGUUUGAUGAUAUUGGAGAUGAUGAUGAAGAUAUUGAUGACAUCUAAUUUGGAACAGAGGUUUACAUUCCGACUUUUUUCCUCCAAGGAUUGUUCUACAUUGAUAUUUCGAUUAUUUUUGGGGUGAAGUCCCUUUCUUUUAAGAAGACUGAAAAUUCUUGGUAAAGAGUGUAGUUUGUUACAUCAAAAGGAUUUAUUUUCAAUGUUUGUUUUAAAGUAUUUAUAUUUCUUUAGGAAUGGAUAAUGCUGAAUUACGCAAAGGUUCAAUGAAAUGCCACAAAUAUUUUGUCUCUUCACCAAUUAGAGCUUUUACCUCUGGAUGUAAGUGAGACACGGUGAUAUGGGCUGUAAAAGGCUGCAUUUUUCCCUAUUCUGCUUUCAUCACUACAAUUCCAGUUAAACUUGUGUUUCGAAAUAAAAACUGUUUACCCUGUAAUUAUCAUGGAUUUUGAUUAAAUACAAAUACCCAGUUCAGAUUAGUAUCAAAUCAUACUAUGCAGUGUCUGUCCUUAUACCCCUUGCCUUGUUGUUAACUUUAAAAAGAUUUUGAUAAUAGAAAAGGAAGGCAGAAAUCUGCAUUUAAAUUCAUAAUGCAUGAUGAAUCUGCUUUUCGUGUCUAGUAGCAUGCUGCUAUUUUUAUACUGAUUUUGAUAAUUAAAAACACUCAUUAUUUCAAAGAUGUAAAUUUACCACAGGGGAGGAGUAGGGGAGAAGUAAAGAUAAAAACUAAGCAGCAUCUCAGAUUUGCAGUUGCCGAAAGCUGUCUUAUAUGCGUAGCUCUUCGGUGUUGUAAGUACAGUAGGCAGAAGGUGAACACUGGGUGGCACCCAACUUUAACAGGGAUACAUUAAUACAAAACAUUAACAGUUGGGUUUGUACUGAAAAAUACAUAAAAUAGUUUUCCCCCAAAAUGAAUGCUUAACAUUCUUGAUAUGUUAAACAUGUAGACUAUUUUUACAUUAUAGAAAAAGUUAUGUUAAGAGUAGAGUUUUAUUUUAAUCCUGAAUUGUAAGGUACAACAUUAAAGCUUACAUGGACUUUGAACAAUAUAAAUGAGAAAAUAAAUUUGUGUCAAGCGUAGGAAAAGAAUCUUUCCUCCAGAAUAAAUUGCUGAAACAAAGUAAUGGAAAGAUUCUUCUCCACCUUCAGAAUGGAGAGUCAUUUAAGAAGCUGAAUAAAGACUUAACAUAAUCACGCAAAUAUUAUAUUGUGGUAACCUUAGUUUCUUUGUCUUCAAUUAUGUAUUUAAUAACUUUGAAAGCAGGUUAAUGGAAAACUUUUGUGCCAUAAAAACACUUGUAUUCGUUAUACAGUCUUUUUGGUAUGAUGUAAAGUGACUACCCCAAUAGAUAAAACCAAAAUGGCUUUAAAUAUGGAGUGGCCUCAUUGAUUUACAUGAUUUUUAAAGAGUUCUGUGCUGGAUUUGAACUUUCAGAGCUUUUGCAAAACUGUCUUCUCUUUUACUUCUUUUCCUCUCAUGGAUCUGGUAUCUCAUUCCAGGGAUAACAAAUGUUUUGUAGUAUUAAAUAAGUUUACCAAAUGUUUCGUGGGUUUUAAAUAUUUGUUGCAAAAACUUGCUAAAUAUUGGGAAAAGAUACUACCAAUACAUCAUUCUUACUUCACUGAUCUUAAAGCAUAUGAAAGAUAGUAUAUCUUUGUAUGACUACAAAGUCCAGCUGUGAAGCAAAAUAAAUGCUGUCAUUUUAGAACAAGGUUUAUAAACCAUUCCCUAGUUCAUUUCCUCACAUUGUUAAGCAGACUAUGAGCAGCUCUGAAAAUGUUUAAGAGCUCUCAAAGCCGAUCUUGAGGUCCAAGUGCAGAACAUAUCUGUUCUUUUCAGUUGUGCUAGCAGAAAGGUUAAUGAUUAAAUUACGAUGAAUGUUUACUGAAAAGACAGUUAGUAUGGAAAUUAUACUUGCCAAACCCAGUCUUGUAUGUGUGGUGAGAAUGUGAAGUGUGGGGUCAGCGGCAAGGAGAAAUACAAAGGAAUACACUGUGGUUCUAAGGAGCUUAUGUCAGUGUACCAGAGUUCUCCAGUAUAACUGAGACUAUAACUGUGGGACAAAGGUGAAUCUCUGUUCCUGGCAGAAUUGGUUAUGGUUUGCCCUUAGGUUCCUUCCAGUCUUUAUUGUUCCUGGGCAAUUGUCUGGCUCAGCCUGAGAUCUCUAGAGUUUGUAAGGAAAUUUCCUAUUUAACUGUUAUACCCUUAUUAAUGCUCUGGCUCCAAACACUCUGGUUUCUACUUACACGCUUGGCUGCAUUGCCUUCCUUGAACACAUUUCCUUAUCUUGUUUCUCUGUCCACUGCUAGAGCUCCUUUCAUAGCUCCAUCCAGGCAGCUUUAUAUUGUCCCUUCCUGCUUUUCUUUUUCUCUGGGGGUGGGAACAGCUUCCAGAAGUAGCUCUCUUUUCAAUGCCUCCGUGUAAAGAGCAGUAGGACAGCAGCUGCCAGGCAGAGGAUUGCAAGAUUAAAGACUGUAAAGCCAUGAAAGGUGCUUCAUCUCUAAGGGUAUUUUCUUAGAUAAUAUUUUAAUAAUUCUUGUUUAACUUCAGGAACUGCUGCUUGCUUUUUACCAUUGAAAUGUUAUUUUUGUUCAUUGUUCCAAAUAUUCUUUGUCUCUUCACCUUAUAAUAGGGUGUUGUGGUUAGCCAGCAACAAAGCACUACCCAGCUGUUUGCUCACACCCCCUAGUGGGAUGGAGAAAGUCAGAAGAGUAAAAGUGAGAAAACUCGUGGUCUAAGAUAAAAGCAGUUUAAUAGGUGAAGCAAAAAAUGCCCAUGCAAGCAAAGCAAAAGAAGGAAUUCCUUCAAUACUUCCCGUUGGCAGACAAGUGUUCGGCCGUCUCCAGGAAAGCAGGGCUCCAUCAUGCAGAAUGGUUUCUUGGUAAGACAACUGCCAUCACUCCAAAUGUCUCUCCCUUUCUCCUUCGCCCAGUUCUAUAUAAUGAGCAUGAUGUCAUAUGGUGUGGAAUAUCCAUAUGGUAUGAGAUACCUGUAUGGUCAGUUGGUUGUAUCCCCAGCUGUGUCCCCUCCCAGUUUCUGGUGCACUCCCAGCUUCCUCACUGGUGGGGUGAUGGGAGAGGCAGAAACAGCCUUGACUCUGUGUAACCACUGCUCAGCAGUAACUAAAACAUCUCUGCAUUAUCAACAUUGUUUCUAGCACAUCCAAACACAUCUACUAUGAAGAAAAUUAACUCUGCCCCACCCAAAGCCAGCGCACGGCGGGGCUGUGCAUUUGGUUGGAUGCUCCUAAUGCUUUUCUACCCUGAUCCUUUGCAGAUAUAGUCCAGGCACACUAAUUGAAAAAAAAGAUGUCAUUAAAAAAAACCAAACUAUAACAUCAUCUCUCCUUAUGCAAGCAUUGGAGGUGCCGGUAACCUGUGAUUGCUGAGCUCUGUGCCAUUUACUUGUUAGUACUGAUAGGUUAUAUCAUUUAUCUCUGCACUGUAUCUGCUUGCAUGCAUGUACAUGCUUCUGUGUGCUAGUGCUAUAUACGUCUAUAUAAUACAUUUCAUACAUAUAUAUACGGCACCA